GGCUCCAGGCCCGAAUCGAAGUCUGUCCCCGUUAUCUGAUAAUCUUACGCACGUGCGGCUGUCGGCACUGCACCUUUUAUAGGACCGCCGUAAGGGCUAGGCAUACAGACGCUGUUUUUCCAACUUCCCUCUCACCACCACCGCCAUUUUGGUUAGACAACCUAUCCCUAUAUUUCAUGAUUGAUCCGCCCAUUCUGCCGCUAUUGAAAACAGUAUUUACCUCGAUCCUCGAGGUCUUCCUUCUAUGCUGGGCCGGUUACAUUCUCGCUGGACGGGGAAUUCUUGACAAGAAAACACAGAAGCAACUCAAUCGGCUGAACGUGUCCUUGUUCACACCUGCACUUCUCUUUUCAAAGGUCGCAUUCUUUUUGUCACCCGAAAAAUUACGAGAACUAUGGAUAAUACCUCUGUUCUUUGCGAUUGUAACGUUGGCGUCGAUGUCUGUCGCCUUCGUUUUAGGAUGGAUAUUCCGACUGAGGAAAUCCCAGAGGAGCUUUGGCAUGGCGGCUGCUAUGUUCAUGAAUUCCAAUUCCCUUCCCAUUGCCCUGAUGCAAAGUCUGGUACUAACAGUACCUGGACUCAAGUGGGGAGAGGACGACAACAACGACGCAAUGCUCGGUCGUGCCUUGACGUACCUCGUGCUUUACAGCACCUUAGGGAUGGUGCUGCGUUGGAGUUAUGGAGUGCGACUGCUUGCGCAAGCUGACGACGAACCUCAAGCUAUAGCACUACCGGUCGAUAACGAAGAUAGUCCUCUUUUUGGUUCUUCGUCUUGUGAGGAACCUGAUGAAGCAAUUCCUCAUAUCGUAGUGGAGGAGGACGAUGCUACAGUCCGAGGCCAACCCUCUCGUCGCCGUUCAAGAUUUUAUAACUCCUUCCCAAACUCUCCGAAUGAUUCUCGUGUUAACUUGUCUUCACUCCACUCCUCCUCAUCGACGGUUGUCUUCUCACCGGAUAUUACAGACUCGGAGGUGAGCGACGAUGAGCUGGACACUAACGUCCUUCCUACUCAUCAUGAACGACGGUGCAUGAGGGCACACCUUUCACCGCAUCCCUCUUCGCCCGUUCUACAUCGCGUCAAGUGGGACAUGAUUCGGAUUUGGACAGCUCUGAACGAAUUCAUGACUGUUCCUUUGUGGGCUGCCCUUGCAUCGCUUAUCGUAGCAUGCAUCCAACCUUUGCAGCAUGCCCUUGGGGAGCACAUGCAACCCGUCAAAGGCGCUUUGUCCAGUGCAGGAAACUGUUCUAUCCCGCUCACGUUGGUAGUCCUAGGUGCCUACUUCUAUCCCUCUCAGGAAGGCGAAGCAAAGACCGAAACACGUUCGCUAAUUCACAGCAUGAAGGGCAUAUUCACCAAGAGGCAGACUGGGCCGCAGCAGGACGAAACACAAGCAGGAGAGACGAAGACGGUUAUCAUUGCUGUGGCGUCCAGGAUGAUUAUCACGCCGUUACUGCUGCUACCGCUGAUGGCACUGUCUACUAAACUGGAUUGGCAUGCAGUACUGGAGGAUCCGGUGUUUGUGGUGGCGAAUGUAUUGCUCAUAUCAUCUCCCCCGGCGCUUACACUUGCCCAAAUUACACAGGCGGCGUCUGGAGAUGCGUUUGAGCGGUUGAUAAGUAGGACGAUAUUCUGGGCGUACUGCGUCGUUACCCCGCCUGCAACUAUAUCUUACGUGGUUAUUGGACUCAUCUUGUCCAAGCUUUAGGAUAUACAAGCCUCCAACCCGUGUCUUCGUCACGAUUGCCGGACCCUCGUACCUCGGGACCCGGCAACCUGACUACGACACGGGUUUUCGGCUUGUUAGGAUAUAUUUGAUGCUCACAUAUUGUACAUAUUUCACUCAUAGACUUCAAGUGCUUUUUUCUUCGGUAGUAGUAGUUCAUGUACAUGUAUGUACGUCAUACUUGGUUCUCGAUUCUUGAUUCUUGGCAACAGUUACCGGCCCGAAGGAACUAGCAAC